GUGAGGGCAGUGUGUGAACAGCACUCACUCUCACUAAGUAAGUUAUAACCAAUAAACACCAUCAUGCCCACACACAGUGUGCUGAUCCGAGACCAGGCUCUCGUCACCAGAUUACUGCAGCAGUAUUUACACUUGUUAAAGACAUAUCCGAUCAUCACUAAAUCUGUUACAAGUGCUGUUCUGUCUGCGUUGGGAAACCUGCUUUCUCAAGUGUUAGAGUCUAAAAAAAAGCGGAAAGAUGGUCAGUCGGGGAAAGAGGUGGACGUUUAUGGUCCUCUCCGCUUCGCUGUAUACGGGCUUGUUAUCACAGGUCCACUUAGUCAUCACUUCUACCACCUGCUUGAGCUCCUGUUUCCAGCCUCGGCACCGUUUUCCUUGUUGAAACGCCUGCUCCUGGAGCGACUCAUCUUCGCCCCUGCUUUCCUCCUCCUCUUCUUUGCUGUGAUGAACACUUUGGAGGGAAAGACACACUCUGACCUUCAGGAUAAGCUAAAGGCAAGAUACUGGCCUGCUCUCAAGAUGAACUGGAAAGUCUGGACACCAUUUCAGUUCAUCAACAUUAACUACGUGCCUGUGCAGUAUCGGGUGCUGUUUGCCAACCUGAUCGCCUUGUUCUGGAAUGCCUACCUCACAUCUGUCAGGAAAUAAAAACUGCAAUAUUACUCUUAAAACAUGAUUACAUAGGUCAGUACUAAUAAAGCCAAUGCGUGCCUUUUAAAGAUGCUGCACUAAAUCAGGUACGUCUGGCAUUUUUUUUUAAGUCAGGGAAAAAUGUAUUCACGUCUGUUGUGGUAGAUGUCAUGAAAUAGAAAAUGGCUUCUUGAAAAGAUCACAAGGUUAAUUGCUCAAGUUAAUAAGAGGCUGUAACUCUUACAAACUCACAACACCAACAUUUACUUUAAUAUGUAAAAAAAAACAAAGACAUUUUUAUUAUGUGCAAAUGUGAGUAUUUGCGGUAAAGCAUGUGAAUGAAUUUGUGUAAUUUUUCAGCAAAUAUUUUUGCAGGGAAAUAUUGAAUUUUGACAAUAAUAUGAUAAUGGUAAUAAUUGUAAUGCACUAAUGCCACUGUUGUACAUUUGUAGCACUACGUUUUGU